AUGAAGCCGGGGCGCGAGCGUAAGCCGGCCCUCUCCGGAGCAGGAGAGGCAGCACCAGGGCUAAGGCAGGUGGGAGAACGACCCCUGGUACCAGCCUGUCCCACGGGCCGGCCCGGACGGCUCCAGUGUCACCUCCUGAGCGGCGAGUUCGACCAGCUGCGAGACUUCCCUGUCUUUCAAAGCAAUUUCGUCCAGGUGACCCGGUUAGGAGAAGUCACCAAGAAGGUCACUAUGGGGAUGGCAGCCUCCAGUCCAGCGCUGGAACUCCCAGACCUGCUGCUGCUGGUGGGCCCUGCAAAGGAGAGUGGACUCCUGCAGCUGUUCGGGCUGUUCCCCUUGCAAUUCGUCCAGCUCUUCGUCCAAGAAGAAAGCCGCUGGCAGCUCACAGUCAGGUUCCGUACCCGCCGCUCCUUCUACCUGCAGCUGCGCGCCCCGCCCGAGACCCGCGACGGCGAGUUCGGCCAGUGGGUGCGGCUGCUCUACCGCCCGCGCCUCCCCUCGGCCCGGGGAGCCGGGCGCUUCCCGCAGGAGCACUCCGCGCUGGGCGGAGGAGGGAAGGCAGAGCUGGGAGGGCCUGGCUCCGAGGAGGGGGCCCGGGAGCGCCCCCGGGGCGGAUACCUGUGA